GUACAGGCCAAGUACCUUCAGUGUGGGUGCAGUGUAAACAAGCGUCUGUACUUUGGAGCGGCUCGCUGAAUUGAACAUUUUCUAGUGUGGUGCUGAGCUGACAGGACAUCUGAGCAGGCAUGGCCGGUGUCUUCCUUACCCUGAUCCUCUGGGCCCUGGUGUUGGAGCCAAGCUGUGGAGCCUCAGUGUUUCUGCCGCGGACCGUGGCAGACACUGUCCUGAGGAGGCAAAAGCGCUAUAACACCGGAGUGUUUGAGGAGGUGAGAGAGGGAGACCUAGAGAGGGAGUGUCUGGAGGAGAGAUGCAACCUGGAGGAGGCGCGGGAGGUUUUUGAGAACACAGAGAAGACGCUGGAGUUCUGGGUCACUUAUAUAGAUUCCAACCAAUGCCUGUCCUCCCCCUGCCAGAACGGAGGCCAGUGCAAAGAUGACCUGAGAUCGUAUGUGUGCAUCUGUCCCACCAGCUUCACUGGCCAAAACUGUGAGAUAGAGACGGUGAGACAGUGUGAUGUAAACAACGGGGGCUGCAUGCACUUCUGCGAGAUGGACCUGGAGCGGGGACGACUGUGCGGCUGUGCCACCGGGUACAGGCUGGCAGAGGGCGGCAUGGACUGCGAGCCUGAAGGAGAGUACUCUUGUGGCAGGCCUGUUCGAUCAGCGUUCCCUGUGCUUUCCCGGUCUCUACUUCCUGUGAACCUCACCUACCCUUCCCUCAACACCACUGAACAGCCACUCUACACCACGCAGCAGGCCCUCAACACUACAAUCAGCACCACCACCCCCGCCACCCCCAGCAAGGCCCAAACCCUGAGCCCCUCCCGCAGCAAGCUGCCCUUCUGGGUCCGACGGCCCGCCCUGCCCACCAUCAUUGCCCAGCACGCCGUGGACAAGCGCAUCAUCGGGGGCUACGAGGUGGUCCAGGGGGAGAUCCCGUGGCAGGUGGCGCUGGUGGACAGGCCGUCUCAGGUGGUCUUCUGCGGGGGCUCGAUCCUGAGCGAGUACUGGGUGAUCACAGCCGCCCACUGCCUGGUGGAGGGCAGAGAGAAGUCCCUCAUCGUCAGAGUGGGAGAGCACAACAUUCUUCACACAGAUGGGUUGGAGCAGGACCACAAGGUGGCGGAGCAGCGCCUUCACCCGCACUACAACCCCCGGAUGAACCUCUACAACAAUGACAUCGCCCUGCUGCGCCUGGAGACCCCCAUCCGCUUCUCUGACUACGCCCUGCCCAUCUGCCUGGGGCCAAAGGACUUCACCGAGUCGCUGGUGCAGGCGGGCUCCAUGGCGACGGUCAGCGGUUGGGGGCGGGUGCGUUUCCAGGGGGCGGAGUCACCGGUGCUGCAGAAAGUGGAGGUGCCCUUCGUGGACCGAACUGAGUGCAAGGACAGCAGCAGCGACCGCAUCUCCCACUACAUGUUCUGCGCCGGCUACUUCGAGGAGGAGAAGGACUCCUGCCAAGGCGACAGCGGCGGUCCCCAUGCCAACCGUUACCACGGCACCUGGUUCCUCACGGGCAUCGUCAGCUGGGGCGAGGAGUGCGCCCGGGAGGGCAAGUACGGCGUCUACACCCGCGUGUCCCACUACUACCGCUGGAUCCGCCACGUCAUCAGCCGCUCUAAGGAACAGCUCAUAGAUAGUCACCCCGACAGUUAAACUCUUGACCUCUGACCCUCGGCGACCCCUGUGGACCAGCCAAACAACAAGAAAAGAGUACAAGUUAUUUAUUUGCCAGUAUUGGCCAUUAAGGAGGACCUACCCUAGAAGUCUUGAGUACCAAUUUAGUGUAUUUUAGUGAUGGAUAGUACUGUGCUUAUAAUGUUCACUCAAAGUGUCAAAAAUCCUUGAAGACUCUGGUAACAAAAUGCCCAGACAAUGCAUAACUGUUACACCAUAGGCUAAAUUUUUUACUUAUGGGGAUAUUCACUAGAAGAUGAAAUUAACACAGCUUUCCCACAACUGUAGUCAACCUAUUAGCAUUUAGUUUGCAAGACUGGCCUUAUGGAAAACUUUCAAUGUAUAUGCAACCAAGAGUAAACCAGGUGUGUGGUAAUGAAAAUCACUAAAUCGAC